AUGAUAGGCCGGGGGUGCAAGUUGGACCCGAAACUUAUUAGUGCGUUGAUAGAAAGGUGGAGACCAGAGACGCACACAUUUCAUCUUCCAUGUGGAGAGUGCACUAUCACUUUGGAAGACAUGCAUUUGCAAUUAGGAUUGCCGGUGGACGGGGACGCAAUCACUGGGUCUGUUCAUUCUGCUGAUUGGGGAGCGGUAUGCUACGAGCUUUUGGGUGCUAUUCCCGAUAAUAUUAACGGAGGUCAGAUCGAGAUGGGCUGGUUACGAGACACAUUUCCGGAGCCGGAUGAUGAUUCUACCGAACUAGAAAAAAUUCGAUAUGCUCGAGUAUACAUUCUUCAAAUAAUUGGAGAUUAUCUGAUGCCGGACUUGUCACAAAACCUUGUACAUCUGAGAUGGCUGCUGAAACUCGUUGAUUUUAGAGCAGCUGGUGAAUUUAGUUGGGGGUGGAACCAUUCGACAAGUUAUGCUCAAUUACCUACCUAUCUUGAAGAUAUACGGCUUCUAUUAGAGCAACGGUCGGAAGCACAAUUUCAAUGGAAACUAUACGAGGAUCCGACAAUUCGGGCAGUAAUUCCAGAUGAAUACUUGCAAACUUCGAACGCUUGGCACGUGAAGGUCCCAUUGGUCAACUUUGCUAUUGUGGAGAUGCACCAAUCAGACAGAGUAUUACGGCAAUUUGGAUUCCGACAACCGAUUCCUGUGGCACUUGAGGUGUUGGAUGAUCAUCACAAAAUCGAUUUACGGUAA